AUGGCUCAGCUAAUCGGUGGAGAUGACAUAGCUGAGCUAGGAAGAAGCCUGAGAUCGUCUUUGAGGCGCGGGCCGAGUCUGCGCCGCAGCAACUCGGCUUUUGGGUCGGCGAGGCACGAGCUCGAUGAGGAGGCCGCGGCUGAGUGGGCGGCCCUCGACCGCCUGCCAACCUACGACCGCCUCAGGGCCUCCCUUUUUGACGGCGACGGUACCGGAGGAAAAACAGUCGUCGACGUCACCAAGCUCGGGCCCAGCGAGCGCCAAAUGUUCGUGGAGAAGCUCAUCAGACACAUCGAGCACGACAACCUCAAGCUGCUGCACAAGAUGAGGAGGAGGAUUGACAGAGUUGGCGUAAAACUUCCGACGAUCGAAGUUAGAUACUCGAAUCUGCGUGUAGAGGCGAAGUGUCAGGUUGUUGAUGGGAAGCCCCUCCCGACGCUUUGGAAUUCUUUCAAGAGCUUGGUUAUGGAUAUUGGUCGGCUGCCUGGCUUGCCAUCUCAAGAUGCCCACAUAGACAUACUUAAGGGUGUUAGUGGUGUCCUUAAGCCUGGGAGAAUAACUCUAUUACUGGGUCCGCCAGGAUGUGGGAAGACUACACUUUUGAAAGCUCUAUCGGGAAAUUUGGACAAGUCACUCAAGGUAACUGGGGAGAUCACAUACAACGGAUUUAAACUCAAGGAGUUUAUACCUCAGAAAACGUCGGCUUACAUAGGUCAAUAUGAUCUGCAUGCCCCUGAAAUGACGGUCCGUGAAACAAUCGAUUUUUCGUCACAUUGUCAGGGUAUUGGCAGCAGGGCAGAAAUACUGGUUGAGGUUGUUAGAAGGGAGAAAGAAGCCAAAGUUAUUCCUGAUCCUGAUGUAGAUACUUUCAUGAAGGCAAUAUCUGUGGAAGGACAGAAGACCACCAUGCAGACAGAGUACAUUUUGAAAAUUCUCGGCCUUGACAUUUGUGCCGACACGCUCUAUGGUGACGACAUGAGGCGAGGUAUCUCCGGUGGCCAGAAAAAGAGACUAACAACAGGCGAGAUGCUUGUGGGGCCCACGAAAGCCCUGUUCAUGGACGAGAUAUCGAACGGGCUCGACAGCUCGACAACUUACCAGAUUGUGUCGUGCCUCCAGCAGGUGGCCCAUAUCACGGACGCCACCAUACUCGUCUCCCUCCUCCAGCCGGCGCCCGAGACUUUUGACCUCUUUGACGACAUCAUCCUCAUGGGCGAGGGAAAAAUCGUCUUCCACGGGCCCCGUGCGGACAUCCUUGCCUUUUUCAGGAGCUGCGGCUUCAGGUGCCCCGAGAGGAAAGGGAUCGCCGAUUUCCUUCAGGAGGUUAUGUCUCGGAAAGAUCAAGAGCAAUACUGGCAUGACGCGGCCCAGACUUACAGUUAUGUUUCCGUAGACAUGCUCUCGAGAAAAUUUACGGAGUCGGCCCUUGGAAAGAAGCUACAGGAUGAGCUCUCCGUGCCCUUUAAUAAGGCAAUGAGCCACCCGAGUGCAAUCAGCUUUAGCAAAUACUCCAUCCCUAAAUGGCCGCUGUUCAAGGCCUGCAUGUCCAGAGAGGUUCUCCUUUUCAAAAGGAACUCAUUCGUCUACAUAUUCAAAGCAUUCCAGUUUAUGUUGAUUGCAUCUAUUGCCAUGACUGUGUUCCUGAGGACGCAAUUGGGUGUAGACAUUAUCCACGCCAACAGUUACUUGGGAGCUCUGUUUUACACGCUCGUUAUUCUUUUGGUGGACGGUAUACCAGAGCUUUUCAUGACUGUUCGUAGGCUUGGCGUAUUUUACAAACAGAGGGACUUUUACUUUUACCCUGCCUGGGCAUUUGCUAUCCCAGCUAGCAUUCUCAAGAUUCCUCUCUCGUUGUUGCAAGCUCUGGUGUGGACGUGUCUCACGUACUACGUCAUUGGAUACACUCCCGAGGCUGGGAGGUUUUUCCGCCAGAUGUUGAUGGUAUUUCUGGUGCACUUCACAACAACGUCGAUGUUCCGUUUCUUGGCGACAGUAUUCCGGAGUGAUGUGGCGGCAUCGACAGCUGGCAGCAUGUCGUUGUUGUUUGCUAUGAUGUUCAGUGGCUUUCUGAUCCCUAAACCAUCCAUGCCGGAUUGGUUAAAUUGGGCUUUCUGGAUUUCUCCGCUAUCGUAUGGCCAGAUAGGAUUCACUGUGAAUGAAUUUCUGGCACCAAGAUGGCAAAGGGAGCUGCCUGGGAAUACAACGAUCGGGCAUCGAACGCUAGAGAAUCGUGGGCUAAACUUUGGUGGAGAGUUCUUUUGGAUAUCCGCUGCAGCCUUGUUAGGAAUAGCAUUUCUCUUCAAUACUGGAUUUACCUUGGCCUUAACCUUCGCAAAACCUCUCAGUUCCCGCGUCAUUAUAUCAAGUGAAAAACUCUCUCAGCUACGAGGGACCGUACAACCAGAUGACAAACCUCGUCCAGAAGAUCGUUCCGGAGUUUCUGCCAUUGCAAAAUCUCAUUCGACAAAAAUGAUUUUACCCUUUGAGCCACUAAGUCUGGUGUUUCAAGACGUGCAGUACUACGUCGAUACCCCUGCGGCGAUGAAGGAGCGCGGUUUCACCCAGAAGAAGCUUCAGCUGCUCUGUGACAUAACAGGCGCAUUCAGGCCGGGAGUGCUCACAGCUCUCAUGGGUGUUAGUGGUGCAGGAAAAACCACCCUUCUCGACGUGCUUUCCGGCAGGAAAACAACCGGUAUCGUCGAGGGUGAUAUUAAAAUCGGAGGGUACCCAAAAGUCCAGAGCACGUUUUCCCGUAUUUCCGGCUACUGUGAGCAAACCGAUAUUCACUCUCCCAACAUUACAGUUGAGGAGUCCGUCAUCUUCUCCGCAUGGCUCCGCCUCAAUGCAUCCAUCGACACAAAAACAAAAUAUAAUUUUGUGAGGGAGGUGCUGGAAACAAUUGAGCUGGACGAGAUAAAAGACGCGUUGGUGGGACUGCCUGGCGUGUCUGGGCUGUCUACCGAGCAAAGGAAGCGGCUGACGAUUGCGGUGGAGCUUGUGGCCAACCCGUCUAUCAUUUUCAUGGACGAGCCCACUACUGGGCUGGAUGCAAGGGCAGCUGCUAUCGUCAUGCGGGCCGUGAAGAAUGUUGCCAACACGGGCCGCACGAUCGUCUGCACAAUUCACCAGCCGAGCAUUGAUAUAUUUGAGGCUUUUGACGAGGUGGUGCUGUUGAAGCCUGGGGGCCGGAUUAUCUAUUGUGGGCCUGUGGGUUUGCAGUCAUCUAGAUUGAUAGAAUAUUUUGAGUGCAUACCUGGUGUGCCGAAAAUCAAAGAUAACUACAAUCCUGCCACAUGGAUGAUGGAGGUCAGCUCGACUUCCGUGGAAGCUGAACUCGGCAUAGACUUUGCCGAAAUUUACAAGAAUUCUGCUUUGCACGAAAAUAACUUGGAGCUGGUGAAACAACUGAGCCGACCACCAGCAGGGUCGAAAGGCCUGCAUUUUCCGACCCGUUAUGCACAAAAUGGGUGGGUCCAGUUCAAAACCUGCCUCUGGAAACAGCAUUGGUCCUACUGGCGAAGCCCUUCGUACAACCUCAUGCGCUCCCUCCACAUGCUCUUUGCGUCCUUCCUUUACGGCGCCCUCUUCUGGGGUCAGGCGCGAGACGUGCAUAAUCAGCAAGGCCUGUUUACUCUGCUCGGAUCCAUGUACAGCUCCACUCUCUUUUGCGGCAUAAACAAUGCCUCCUCGAUUUUGUCGUAUGUCAACAUCGAGAGAACUGUCGUUUACAGAGAACAAUUUGCGGGCAUGUAUUCUCCGUGGGCCUAUUCAACCGCGCAGGUGAUAGUCGAGAUCCCGUACAUCUUGGCACAGACAAUUGCGAUAACGGUCAUAACGUAUCCAAUGAUCGGGUACAGCUGGACGGCCUACAAAGUGUUCUGGUUUUUCUACACCAUGUUUUGCUCUUUGCUCUACUUCACAUACUUGGGGAUGAUGUUGAUCGCCAUUACACCAAGCUUCCCAGUAGCCGCCAUUUUACAGUCGUCGUUUUACACACUGCUCAACCUCUUCUCCGGAUUCUUGAUCCCUCGCCCGCAAAUUCCGAAGUGGUGGGUGUGGUUUUACUAUAUCUCGCCGACUUCAUGGUCUCUGAACGGGCUGCUGAAUUCGCAGUUUGGUGAUGUCGAUAGGGAGAUCGAGGUGUUCGGACGGCAGAGGCCAAUCUCUGAUUUUGUGAGGGACUAUUUCGGGUACAGACACAGUAUGCUGCCUGCAGUUGCUGUGAUUUUGAUCAUGUACCCAAUUGCCUUUGCCUCAAUAUUCACAUACUGCAUUGCCAAGUGGAACUUUCAGAAAAGAUAA